UGUGAAGUCGAAGUCAUUUUGUUUAUAUUUUUUGCGAGAAGCAUGGAAUUGAUGCUUGAGAAUUUGUUUAAAUUUAUUUAAGUGGAAAAUUUUUUCUGGUAUUUAACUGAGACUGGUUUUAAUUUGUCAUAAUGGCUAGUACGCCGCCGAAACCUCAAAAAAUUCCAAAAGUAGCGAAGGUGAAAAAUAAAACACCUGCUGAAAUUCAAAUAACUGCUGAGCAGUUGCUGAGAGAAGCCAAGGAAAGAGAUUUGGAAAUAUUACCACCACCGCCAAAGCAAAAAAUCUCUGAUCCAGAAGAACUUGCUGAAUAUCAAUUACGAAAACGAAAAACCUUUGAAGAUAACAUUCGCAAAAAUAGGAGCUUAAUUAGCAACUGGAUCAAAUAUGCUCAGUGGGAAGAAAGCCAGAAAGAAGUUAACAGAGCACGUUCUGUCUACGAAAGAGCUUUGGCUGUGGACCAUAGAAAUGUUACUCUAUGGUUAAAAUAUGCUGAAAUGGAGAUGAAACACCGUCAAGUGAAUCAUGCUAGGAAUAUAUUUGAUAGAGCUGUUACAAUUUUGCCUCGAGUCAAUCAGUUUUGGUACAAGUAUGUUUAUAUGGAGCAGUUACUCAGCAAAAGUGCUAGUGCCAGGCAGAUUUUUGAGCGGUGGAUGGAAUGGGAACCAGAUGAACAAGCAUGGCUGACUUACAUAAAAUUUGAAUUAAAAUACCAAGAAAUAGAACGUGCCAGACAAAUCUAUGAGCGAUUUGUUCAAGUACACCCUGAAGUAAAAAAUUGGAUUAGAUAUGCCAAAUUUGAAGAAACAAAUGGCUUCAUAUCUAGAGCUAGAGCAGUGUAUGAAAAAGCUGUUGAGUUUUAUGGAGAUGAAUUUAUGGAUGAAAAACUUUUUGUUGCAUUUGCAAAAUUUGAAGAGCGUCAGAAAGAACAUGAAAGAGUCAGAGGAAUUUACAAGUAUGCAUUAGAUAAGAUUCCAAAAGAAAAAGCUCAAGAAUUAUUCAAAAAUUAUACAAUUCAUGAAAAAAAGCAUGGAGACAGAGCUGGUAUUGAAAAUGUCAUUGUCAGCAGGAGGAAAUAUCAAUAUGAAGAGGAAGUAAAAGCUAAUCCUCAUAAUUAUGACAGCUGGUUUGAUUACUUACGUCUUAUGGAAAGUGAAGGAAACAUAGAGGCUACUAGAGAACUAUAUGAACGAGCUAUUGCAAAUAUUCCACUUACAAAAGAGAAAAGAUUUUGGAGACGGUACAUAUAUCUUUGGAUAAACUAUGCUUUAUUUGAAGAACUUCAGGUCAAAGGUGUUGAAGAAGAUAAAACAAGAGAAGUGUAUCAAGCUUGCUUGAAUUUAAUACCUCAUAAGAAAUUCACUUUUGCUAAAAUAUGGCUUUUAGCUGCCCAAUAUGAAAUUCGCCAAAAGAAUUUGACAGCAGCUAGGAAAUUGCUUGGUAGAGGUAUAGGAAUGUGUCCUAAAGAUAAAUUGUUUCGUGGUUAUAUUGACCUGGAAAUACAAUUAAGAGAAUUUGACAGAUGCCGCAUUUUAUAUCAAAAGUUCUUGGAAUUUUCUCCUGAAAAUUGUACAACAUGGAUGAAAUUUGCUGAACUUGAAACUAUCCUUGGUGAUGUAGAAAGAGCAAGAGCUAUCUAUGAGGUAGCAAUUAAACAACCCAGACUGGAUAUGCCAGAAGUAAUUUGGAAAGCUUAUAUAGAUUUUGAAAUUGAAAAAGGAGAAUUUGAUCGUGCAAGAGAAUUGUAUGAAAGAUUACUUCAAAAAACCCAACAUGUUAAGGUUUGGAUUAGUUUUGCUCGGUUUGAGCUGGGCUGUAAUGAAGGAAAAGAGGGAAUUCUUCAAGCACGGCAUGUAUAUGAAAGGGCCAAUAAAAGCUUGAGAAAUGCAAGCCAAAAAGAAGAACGAAUGAUGCUGCUGGAAGCAUGGAAAGAUUUUGAGGAACAAUGUGGAGAUGAACAAUCUCAGUUAGAGGUUCAGAAACAAAUGCCAAAAAAAGUCAAAAAAAGAAGGAAAAUACAGACAGAAGAUGGGACGGAUGGAGGAUGGGAAGAAUACUUCGAUUACAUUUUUCCAUCAGACGAAGUCGCUCAGCCUGUUCUCAAACUUCUGGAAAUUGCCAAAAAAUGGAAAAAGAAUCAAGAAGCUUCUAAAACAAAUCACUCAGAAGAAGAAGUUGCAGAUUCGGAAAAUUGAACUUUUAAAAUAUUUUUGUUGUGCUUUGUAAAUCAUUGUAAAUAACAUAUCUCUGGAAAAAAAUAUUUUUUCAAAUAGAAAUCAUUUUACUAUUUUAA